AUGGAUACCGCAGAAAAAUCUUAUACACAUCAUUACGAUGAAAAGAUGAUCGCAACUAAAUAUGCGAAGUGUUCAUACUUUCAUGAAUCACGUCUAUUAAUUGAUGCAUUCAAUCUGAAAAAAAUGGUCCGCUGCAUUCAAGCGCUUUCCUCAGAACCAAUCGAACAGUUGUUAGAUUUUGGAUGUGGUGAUGGUUUUAUGACGCGAAUGCUGGUGCACGACAGUAUUGUUAAAAGUGCAGUCGGGAUUGACGUAUCGAAAGAUAUGAUUGAAUUGGCUAAACAUUCUAUACAACAACAUGAACAAGAACAUUUUCAAUAUCAUACAAUAAAAGAAGAUUUUGAAAGUACAAUUAAUUCAAUCGGUACAUUUCCAUUGGUCAUGUCAACGUUCAUGAUGUGCCAUUUAGCAACUGUGAAUGAACUGCAACAGAUGUUAGCUCGAAUUCGUCGACUUUGUACCGAAUUCUUUUUUGGUCUUAUUUCAAAUCCUUAUUUUGACCCCAAAAACGCUCACACUCUGGAGAAAUAUGGAAUAAAGUAUAUUGGUCCCACCAACCCGAGCGAUGAAGAUAAAUACUGUGUGACAUUCGACGCUGACACAGAGAACGAAUUCACUCUUACUGACUUUUGGUAUACUGCUGCCACAUUUGAAAACCUGUUUCGCAAAGUUGGCUUUAAAACAUUUCAAUGGGUUCCAGUAGAAGUUGAUUCCGAAGCAAAAGAAGAACGUAAAGCAUUUCUUGCCGAUGCAUGUCAAAUCUAUAUCGGGUUUAUUGCUACCGUAUAA